CACCUCUACCUGAGCGUGUAUCAGUGGGUAUCCAGGCUCAGCCAUCAUGGGCAGUGAGUUCGGUCCAGGCAGUUCCAACAACAUCUCCUGUUCGAAUUGGGCAACACCCAUCACUUCCGGAGGACAAAGAAGAUUUGAGCCUCGAUACACGCCUGUCGGAGGUAGUGGGACUAUAUCCUGCUCCUCAAAAAUUAACUUUAUCUCCGACUCUUAAUGCUGCUGUGAGUGCACUUUUCACUUACUUACAAGCGUGAUCCUGAGACGCAGUAGAUAAUGGACGAAGAUCGUGAACGUAGCUUGUCACCAAUGAGUUUGGGCUCUCCUUCUAGCACCCCUCCUCAAUCUCCCAUUAUCGAGCGCAUACCGAAUGUUUUUAGAGUUCAAAGUCCUGUAACAGAACCUCCAAAAAGCUCUCAAGACAGCGGUAUGGACCUUUCAAGCGACUCGCAAGAUGAGAAGCAGAUUGAAGAUGAUCUUCGCCACCCAGGGGAUACUAGCAGUUUACCUGCAGAACCUAGCACUCCCACUUCCGAGACUGCUGAUAUGGAUCUCCAGUCCUCUCCUAGUUCUGCAUCUUCCUCGUCGUCUGAUAUACCUGGUCUUGUAACUGGUCUAUCAUGGCGUGCACCUGCGCCACCUCAUCGACCCGUGGAACCUGUGCUGGAACAGCCAAGUUCACCCCCGAAAGCAGUUAUCCCCUCUCUCCCGUCUGUGCAACCCCUUAUCUCUGAGCGAAUACAUCCUUCCCUAAAAGAGUCUCCACCUUCUGCGGUGCCUCCUACCGUCAAUAAACCUGCGACUCUUCCCCCAAAACUCACAAUAAGUGUUCCAAAGAAAUUGGCGAUUGUCAAUCCAUUCGUUUCUGGUGGAUUCAUGACAGAGUUUGUUGGUUCGCCUGCAUCGCUCACUGCUCAAAAAUCGCUACCACCGAAGUCUCGCACCGGCUCACCGAACAUGUCUGAGGCACAGUCAACUCCUACGCCCAUCUCAACACCUGCACCCCCACGCUCGAAUCCUCCACCUCAAGCACCUACAUUUGUUCCUGCUUCUUCCACUGUGUCCGCUUCCCUAUCCCCUUGCGCACCUUCAUCUCAGUUUUCAACAAAGGCUUCCCCUCCACCUCCAGCAGUGCCUGCAAGGCUCUCUGCUCAAGAGCAACGUCUUCUUGCAGCCCCCUUACCUCCAACCCCUCCAUCUGUACCUCAGCCGCCACGAACUCAAGCAUACCCCAGUUCUCUCCCCCCUCGUCCGUCAGAAACUGUGAUCGCUUACUCCAAUAAGGCGCCUUACAAGCCCGGUUAUUCACCUUUAACGUCAGCCAGUGAUGCAAGAAUAUCCUAUAAUGCUACCGGAACAAUAUCUAAUCCUUUGAACAUUCGCCCUUCACGAUUUUCCCCACUCAAAGCUACUCCAAUCCAAUCCCAGCAAGCGCCGAAGAAACCGUUGACAAUUGGUAAUGGCUGGCCGCACACACGACAGGCCAACGGACACGGCUCUACGUCUAUAUCCCCUGUGACAUCCAAGGCUUUACCACCACCUACAGGUACUCAUCGACCCCUCACGCCCGAGAGCACUCGCUCGUCAACAACACCACCAGGUCUAUCAAAUUUCGUCGCAUAUACCUCCCCAUCUCCUCCUGGUUUUUUGCAUAAGUCGCUAAGGGAUAAGCCGCCAACAGACUCUCCAUCCAGUUCCGGCGAGCCCAACGUCAAACACGAAUAUUUGGAUGUUCCAUUACCACCCACGCCUACGACGACUGUGAAGCAGAAAAUCUCAAUACAGUCGCCACGACCUGUGUUACCCGCCUCAAUCACGUCUCCCAGCAUUUUCCGAUUUUCCACUGAGUCCAACAGUGCAACACCGCCGUCCGACAGCAAAGGCAAGAAACGGGCGAUGUCUACAGCGUCUGAUGCAGAAAGCACGCGCCCGCGGAAGCGCACACAUCCCUGGCCCACACAAGAGAGUAUGUACUCCACACGGAUCAAGAGUGAUAGCGAUGCUGGCGUCAGAGAGAUCGUUUUCAGCUCAGACGGUGAACGGAUGGCUGUCGUAUGUCAUGACCGGACAAUCCGAAUAUGGAGUGUAUCAAAUCGAGUCGAAACUGCCCGUCUUGCGCAAAACUCGCCAAUAUCAUCGGUUGCUUGGAUGGCGGAUGACAAUGGUAUCAUCACGCUGGGACAAGAUGGUAUGAUCAGUAAAUGGACGCGAAACAACCAGAAUCAUUGGCAAUGGGCAAAGCUCCUCGAUGCGGGGAAGGAGGAAUCCAUCAGCUUCACCUACAACAGGGAUCGCCUUGCUGUUGCAUUUCCUCGCUUCGGUGUAAGGGUGUGGCUAUGGAUCAAAGGCACAUGGCAACCACAGCGGUCCAUUCUUCGACAAAACGUGACAUGUAUCAAGUUCGUCGAGGAUGGUGAGGCAUUACUCGGAGGCACUAGCGAUGGCGUGUUAUGGUAUUGUCAAGUGCCCAAUGGAACCCUCCGAGCCUACGCAUUUCUCAAAGCUAAAAUACGACAUCUGGAUGUCAGUCCGAACGGAACACAGGCCCUUGUCUCUCAAGUGGGCGCUCGUGCUCAUCUUGUAGGCAUUCAAGGGAUGGAUCGCAAAGGCAAAAUCGAGCAGGUAUAUGCGAUGAACGGAGAUUCGACAAGUGACGCGAAACAAUCCACCCCUGCGGUGUUCGUCAAUGGUGGUCGUUCUGUGGUGUUCCAUAGCAGAGAGUCUUCUUGUUUGGUCUGGAACAAAAUGAAAGGCGAGGUUUUGAGUGGUCUGGAUCAUGGAGAUGAUGAGCAAACCCAGGCCGUCGCAGGCUUUGACCGUGCAUCUCAUUCAUACAUCGUCACGGGAACUGCACAAGGCCUUUUGUCGUGGUGGAACUCCCCUCCCGAUCAGUGACUUUAGCAACCUUCUUGAUUAAUUGGGUGAAACAUGCUAAUCAUUCCUAAAUUCCCUCUGG